ACAUAACCUAUUAUAUAAAUAUAUGUAAAACAGCAAGUAGUGCGUUGGAGAAAUGGGCGGCGUUGCAUGGACUGAAGAAGAAGAUCGCUUGCUCAGGAUAUGUAUAGAGCGAUACGGUGAAGGGAAAUGGCAUCGUGUGCCUUUAUUGGCCGGUUUAAACAGAUGUCGCAAAAGCUGUAGAUUAAGAUGGUUGAACUAUGUUAGACCAAAUAUUAAGAGAGGAAAUUUCACACAAGAUGAAAUUGAUCUCAUGAUCAAGCUUCAUAGGCUCUUGGGCAACAGGUGGUCAUUGAUUGCCAGCAGACUUCCAGGAAGAACAGCAAAUGAUGUAAAGAAUUACUGGAAUUGCCACAUAAGCAAAAGACUAAAUGCUCAAGAAACCAAACAGAAGCAAAUUACAAGAAACCCACCACAGCCUGAAAAUCCUGCAACAAGCCCAAGAAGCCCAGAAGGCCCAAGUUACUUGCAACCACAACAUGUAGAACCCAGUAGAUGUAGCCCAUUAGCAGCAAUCCAUGUGACUGAAGACGGACAGGGCCCACGUGUGAUUCAAGAGAAGGAGAAUUGCUAUUCUGGAUUUGAAGAUCGUGGGUUUUUUGCUGACUUGGAGUUGGAGUUUGGGAAUUUUUUUGAAGAUAAUAAGGUGGCAUUUGGUAAUGAUCAUUUCAGCAGCAAAAAUGAGUGGGAUGACUUGAUCUCCGACCUUGAUUUUUGAAUUGAAAAAAUUUGUAAUUUGAUUAGUUGUUUGGUAAAAUUUUAGUAGCAUUGCUAAGAAAAAUUCUCAAACUUCGUUAAUGGAUAAUUUCUAUCUACUUCUAGUAGUUGAUUAAUACCCUUACAGAAUGUUUAUAACGUA